AUGUCGACUACUAGACCUGUUGAGGGUUCGAAUGCCUCGCUCAUCAAUCUUACCAAACGUAUCAGACAUCUUGGUCGCCUCCCAGCCAGUUGGGUCAAGGCUAUUGAUGGCCCGACCACUCCAGAAGAAUCCUACCUUUGCGAGACUUGCCAGCGGCUAGAUCUGAAAGUCGAAUCUUUCUAUGUCCAACUGGGAGACAACGAAUAUGAAAUCGCGAAGAAAUUUAGAUAUCUAGGCAGAUUGUCUCAGAUCCAAAGAAAAGCCCACUGUCCUUUCUGCAGGCUGGUGUUAGACAUCGCAGACCGUCCCCCGGAUCAGAGAACUCCCAGCCUCGUCGCCGAUGAGGACCCUGCCUGUUAUGCUCGAUGGGUUGUUGAUGGACUGGAAGAUUCGGGCCCGGAUCCAGACCGCCCUGGAGAACAUCAUUUCAAACCGCGAACACGACGGCUCUUGAUCUAUAGCGACCCUCAGACAUUCAAAGAUGGUUAUAUCGUCCUUUUGGCAGAGGACGCCCCAAGACCAGAGUGGUUUGGAAGACGAAUAACCUCUCCCGACCUCCUAGACACCCAACAACUCCGGCGAUGGAUUCACGACUGUGAGACGACGCAUGGAGCGGAGUGCGAGGAAUCUCUUGUCCAUCCUGACCUCCUGGGUGCACCGAAAGAUGUGUUCCGAGCCAUUGACGUGAACACCAUGAACAUCGUCGAGGCACCUCGAAAUUCGAGAUAUGUUGCCUUGAGUUACCUUUGGGGAAAGAACUUCAACCAGUUGUUCACCACCAGCAAGAAUCUUGCGACAUUGUCUAAGCCUGGAGCACUAGAAAAGGAAAAGCUACCUAGAACGAUCAAGGACACAAUCCAACUGACACGGAUGCUGGGCGAGCGAUAUCUGUGGACCGACAGUCUCGCCCUCCUGCACGACGUCGGGUUCCAGUAUCACGAUGAUUGGGUCUACGCACGUGCUGCUCUAACCGUGGUUGCUGGCUCUGGCAAGGACGCUAACGCCGGACUCCCUGGUGUGAGAAAAGAGUCACGAAAAUUCCACCAGGAGAUAGAAGAGAUUCGGCCUGGCCUCAGGUUAAUGAUGUCUCAUCUUGCGGAAGGCAAGUUCUCUCUUUGA